GUUUAUGGAGAAAGUUCUUCCUGUGCUGGGAGAGCUCUCAGGAACAUUUUUACUCUACAAGCAUCUGACCUGAUUAAAGACAGGGUGUACCUUACUGGCAUUUGCAGGAGAAGCUGUGUUGGAUCAGAACUGGUAGACUGGCUUUUGGAGCAGUGCCCUUUUGUUAAGUGCAGAUCUACAGCAGCUGGAGUGUGGCAGCUCCUCCUGGAUAUGGGCAUUAUAUUAUCAGUGGACAGACAACUCUAUUUUCAAGACACUCAUGCUUUCUACCAGUUCUCAGCGGAUGAAUGUACCUACCUUUUCUGUGAAUUUGAGAAAGAGGAAGGAUGGAAGAAUGGAGUAAAGCUCCUACUUCAACUACUGCCAUUGUCCCCUCCCAGGGUUGACAUGUGUAAUCUCUGCUAUGGCUACACUGGCAAAUCAUUCAAUGUGUACACGAGUCCAACGAUACUUGAGUAUGGUGCUUCAAUUAAUCAAAAUGAAGAAAACAGUCAUGAAAUAAAAGGACUAGAAGAGCUCAAGGAUACCUCUGAUACUCAGGCAGGGGUUUUGUGCAAGCUUCAGGGAAGAGAUGACAUCGGACGGAUUGAGCUGGUCCAGAAGCUGGCGAGAGAAAACUGCCAGUUUUUGCAGGCGGAUAGAAAACCCCCGGAGAAGGCAGAACAA